CUUGCAACAGACACAGAACACCGCGACUACCACGUCCACAGACCCUACUCCAGACGAUUCCGAUUCUGGUGGCAGUAGGCACCUGCGCAGCAAUUGUCAAUGAGCACAUCUUGGUUCGAAAACACGUACAUACAAUAUCGCCUGUCACCUGUCGGUCAAUACAUGUCACGCAUCCGGGCCAGAAUAACAUUCUAGCGGUCCAACAUGACGAGACCACAGAUAAUCCGUGCCGACUCCAUCGACCUUCAAGAUCCCGAUACGCCCUCCGCCAAGAAUCAUACGUUGACUACGAACGCAACAACCAACGGACAGGCAGUGGCGCCUCACCAGGCCGAAACUCUACGCGAAGUUGCAGCCGAGACGGCCGACGAGAGGAGGGUCUCAUGGGCGAACGCCGACAUUGGUGACUUCCAACAGUACGCCAACGACGACGUCGAUGUUGAUCAGAACGGGAACGGCAAUAGCAACAGCAACGGGUUUAAAAUGCAGCAACAGGAUACGCUUGCGAUGGCUCAAAAUGGUGGAGGACCAGGCAAUGUGUCGGACAACGACGACAUGGACGCUGAUGGAGACGACAUGGACGACGACAUGAUGGACAAGAUCUCGAGUUCGCCUUCGAUUGAAGAUGGUGGGUACACUUCUCAACCUCGCUUGCCGCCUCCGUGGCCAGCACGCGUCGAUUCUUUGCGCGCCCCUUGUUCGCCCUCUUCUCCCACCUGCAGCGACCCGAGAUCCUCAUCACCAUAUCUUGAACGUCCUGGAUACCUACCCAUUCGACAGUCAAGCAAGGCUUCUGUCAAUGACACCAAUUCGCAUCAUCAUCUGCCGGGUGAGUAUACCGGAUCGGCCCAACACGAAUCCCUCGACGAAAUCACGACCGAUGCGAUAGCUCAAAUCGACGAAUUACUGGAGGAAACCGAAUGGCCGCCGGAACUGGAUAAGGAAGUCAUAGCAGAUUUGGAUGGACACGAAGGUCGAGACAGUGGUAGGGACUCGGCCCUUGACAUGCAGAUGGAGGAUGCAUCGCUGGACCGCUCACCAAGCAAACAUUCGACCGGAUCGACCGAGUUCCCCACCUACGACGAAUCCGAUGACGACCUGAUUUCACCUUACGGCUUCCUCAUACCCUACGUGGGCUCGGAAGAUGAUGAUGACGAUGACUUUCCUUACACUGAUGAUUCUAGAUUUGUUGAUUCUGGUUGGGGCGGCGAAUGCUUACAAGACUCAGAGGACAUCGAUUUCGAAUUCGUUUACGCCCUCCACACGUUUGUUGCCACCGUCGAAGGCCAAGCAAAUGCUACGAAAGGAGACACCAUGGUGCUCCUCGACGACAGCAACAGCUAUUGGUGGCUAGUCCGAAUCGUCAAGGAUAGCAGCAUCGGCUACUUACCAGCAGAACAUAUUGAAACACCAACAGAAAGGCUAGCGCGACUUAACAAGCAUAGGAAUAUCGAUCUAUCAGCAACGAUGCUAGGAGAUCAGGCAGAAAAAACCAAGAACCCACUCAAGUCGGCCAUGCGGAGGAAGAAGGGCAAGACGGUUACUUUCACAGCUCCAACCUAUGUCGACUAUUCCGAUUUUGAUUACUCCUCAGACGAGGAUGACGUCGACGGCGACUUACCCACGCAACAGCAAGCCGCACAGCAGCAACAGGCUUCGCAGCGUCCGGCUGCGGAACAAGCAGAGGCUGACGAUACCGCUAAGGUGGAGCCCUUGAAACCUCGCGGUCAACAGAAGCAAUUACGAAUGGAGUCGACCAAGGAUGAGAAGGCGGACGUCGGGAUCGGGGGCGAUGCCUUGAGGAACAGUGAUGAGAUUUUUGAGCGGCCCGAAGGUCAGAACAGAACUACGAGAAAUGGCACGGUUAGGAACACAGAUUCUUUCUUCAAGGACGAGACUGUGGAGACUAAGAAGAUUUCUCUUACGCCAAAUCUGCUGCGCGACGACAACGAACCACGCCUCUCCAAUGACUCCAAGGAAGUUCGGCAGCGACCUAGUUUGGACAAGUUAGAAAAGGAGCUGGUCGCCGAUAAGGUCAAGGACAAGAAGAAAGACAAAGAGAAGAAGGAGAAAGACAAGAAGGGGGGGAUUCGCAGCUUCUUCUCUCGGAAGGACAAAAAGAAGUCGAUUGAUGACGACAAUGACUCGUUCGGCAAGAGGUCGCUUGAUGCCUCAAUUGGUAGCGCGGAGGGCGCAGAUGAUGAGACGCAAGUAGCCGAUGCAGACGUGUCACCAGAGAAGCCGUCCACGCCUGACCGAAAUCCAAGCAAACUACGCAAAGCGCAACCUCGGGCUGAACUCUCGCCCACCCGGAAACCAGCCAUCAAUGUAUCCCAACUAAUACCUUCUGAAGGACAGCCGAACAACGUUUCGAAUAAUCCUACAUCCGCUUCCCUGCGCAUGGUCGAGUCCGAUCCGCUGGAUGCUGGUGAGAGUUCAUCGCCAAAGGAUGAGAAAUCCAAAACGGCGGCCAUCUCGAAGAUAUUGCACCCGCCACCGAAGGUCAGCAAGGCCAAAUCACGUAUUGAGCUUGAUGACUUCGACUCAUCUGAGGAGGAAGUCGCGCCAGCCUCAGCGCCGUCAAGAUCUGCGGCUGAGGCCGCACCUGCUCCUGCACCCGCGACUGCAUCUGAACCCAAACGGCAGCUAACCGAUGAGAAGCUACAGCGGCCCACCCUCCCCGGCUCUUAUCCGGACAGCUACCUCAGCACCCAAACCGCAUCCUCUCAACAGACGGUGCAGCGAGCAAAUAUAACACAGCCAAUGGAACGACUAUCUGAAUCGCCUGUUCAGGUGUCCCCAACCACCACCAACCCGCCUGCCCUAAUGGGCGAUACUUCCAGUCAGGAAGAUCGGUCAUCACCGAUAUCGUCGCCAUCACCAGAGCUUGUCGAUACCGAAGACCAGGGCCAUCAACAACAGGACUCAAUGACGACCUCAACAUCAGCCACAACCACGUCGCCCUCAUGGAAUGACACGAACCUUCGAGCCUUCUUUGAUUCGGGAUCCGAUAUCCGAGACCUGCUGGUAGUUGUCUAUGACAAGACGGACGUGCCACCUGCCGGGCCAGAUCACCCAGUUGCUGGAACAUUGUUCCGAGACCAAAACGCCAAACUGGCGGAGAUCACAACGCAACUGGACAACAUGCUUGGCGACUGGCUAGCCCGAAAACAGCGACUCCGAGGCUCUAUCUAGUCUUGCAAAUCUUGCCCAAGCUGCGAUCAGCUUCUAGUACAUGCCAAAUCUAAUG